AUGAGGUGGCUGAGGUCCCAGGGGAUUGACCCGGUUGAACUUGCUUGUGAGCGUCGGUCUUGGGCUGACAAGUCGGAUGCUUGGCUUGCUUGCUGGGGGUUGCGUACGCGCAUUGUCGGGGCCAAUGUUUACACUUGUGCUGCAGAUGUGCAUGUUUGGCACGACAGAUGCAUUCAAGGAACCAUCACGGGUUCGGUUACUGUGGCAGUGCGCGUGUGUGAUGACCGCAUGGAGCUUGUCUGGCUUGAGCGUCAACGUGGAUGGUGCGGUGAUAGCUGCCCGGUUUUGCCGGAACGUGUGCUUGACUUGUGGCAUGCUCUUGAUGUCAUGUUGACGCGUGUGCCGGGCACUUGGGUACAUGCUCGUGUGUUGUGGUGCGGCCCACAAGAGAUCCUGCAAGCAGCUCCGGCCAGUUUGAGUGGCUUAUGGAAGCGGAAAUCAGUCGUUGAAGUCUCUGUGUUUCCAUCGGAUGUCCUAACGGAAGGGCUAGUGAAUUGGGACGAUGCUCGGCAGUCUUGA